AAAAAAAAAGCAGAAACAACAAAACCCAAACAAUGGAGAAUUGCAGUUUGCCGAAUGGUGUGCUGUUGUCCGGAAGCAAGGCUGGCAGAGAAGAAGCAAGGCUGGGCGGUGUUGAACAGAUUUCAGGGUCCUCUUGUGCAGAUUGGAUUCGGGUCCCUCCAAUUAGGCUGGGCGGCGGCUUUUCCUCCAAUGUGCAGAGCAAUCUCGAUUAGAAAGGAAACGGCCAUCCGGGCCGAGAACGAAUUUGUGGGCAGAGAACAGAGCAGGGAAGCGGCUGGAUUUCUCCGGCGAACACAUAACUUACAGGAAACGGCAGAGAUUCUUGCCGGAGAUGGCGGCGGAGGAGUCCGAUUUGUUGAUUCUUUUCCGGAUGAUCUAGUCAUUUCUAUUCUCUCCAAGCUCAGCUCAGCUCAUCCGCCGUUGUCCUUCGGAUUUCGUCACCGUUUUGAUGAUAUGCAAGAGAUUAAAUAGACUGGCGCUUCAUUCUCUUGUGUUAUCCAAAGACUCCUCGAAAAUUUUACCCAUUAAAGCAAAGAACUGGUCGAAGUCUGCUUACCGGUUUUUGAAACUUUGCGCCGAUGCCGGAAAUGCUGAAGCUCGUAGCGCUUUCCUCCUCCUGGUGAGUUAUUAUAUUUUUGUUACCCCAAGCGGAUUUUUUUUUUUCUCUCUGAACCUCAUCAGUAACUCUUAUAGGAAUGAAUGCAUUUUAACUGU